AUGCUCGUUCUGCCUUCCAUUACCGUCAAGCUGCCCCAGUCGACGGUAGAAGCCCGCCACUGGCCGAUUCCAAAGCACGUGGAGCUUGCAGAUCCAACGUUCGCUGUUACUGGCGACAUCGACAUGAUUCUGGGUGCCGCCCAUUGCUUCCAAAUUCUUCGAUACGGCAGGAUAUCGCUCAGGGAAGAGUUACCGUUUCUGCAGAAUACAGAGUUCGGUUGGGUCGUCUCCGGAGAGUGUUUAUUGGAAAACCACGAUCACAGCGAUCCACGCAAGUGCCAGUUCAGUAAUCCCUGCACAAUCGAUAAAUUGGUCAACCGAUUCUGGCAGCUCGAAGAAGUCCACGAUGCAAAGGGAUGGUCUCUGUCGGAACGAUACUGUGAGGAACAUUUCGUGAAGAACAGCACCCGCAACUCCGACGGCCGCUACGUCGUCAAGCUUCCCAAGCGUGACGAGCUGCUUUGGCAGUUAAAGGACAACAAAUACAACGCCACCCGCCGCUUCUUCUCUCUAGAACGAUCACUCGGUGCGAGUCCCGAUAAGAAGGCGAUAUAUCAGCAGUUCAUCCACGAGUACGUGAGAUUGGGACAUAUGCGGGAGAUUGACCCCGAUGAAAUCGACGCGCAACCGCAAUACUACCUUCCACACCACGCUGUGAUGAAACUCGACAGCACCACUACAAAGCUUCGUACCGUAUUCGACGCAUCAUGCCGCUCGAAGUCCGGUAUCUCGCUGAACGAUGUCCUGCUUCCUGGUCCCACAAUCCAGGACACUCUCGUGACGGUUGUCCUCCGUUUUCGAAUCCACCAGUUCGUGAUAUCUGCGUACAUUGAAAAAAUGUACCGGCAGAUUUUGGUCCAUCCCACCGACCAACCGCUGCAGCGAAUUCUCUGGCGCGACGAUCCCGAGGCUCCACUGAAGAGCUACCAGCUCCGCACCGUCACCUAUGGCACAAGCAGUGCUCCAUUUUUGGCAACUAGGGUGCUGCAGAAGCUCGCCGAUGAUGAAGGGCAAUAUUUUCCGCUGGCAGAACCCGCUGUCCGCCACGAUUUCUACGUCGACAAUUUGCUGUCCGGUUCUGACGAUGCUGAAUCUCUCGCCGUUACCUGCUACCAGCUCAUUGCAAUGCUCGCUUGCGCAGGACUUCCUCUCCGACAAUGGUCUUCGAAUUGUCAAGCUAUUCUUGAUACCAUUCCGUUGGAGCUCCGAGAGACGAAGACACUACCCGAUUUGGACCACGUGACUGCACUUGGCCUCCGCUGGGAACCGUCGACCGAAUUUCUUUCGUUCAAGACGCCGAAUUGGAAGGAAUGCACGGUUCUGAACAAACGAACGAUCAUCUCUCAGAUCAGCAGUCUUUUCGACCCCUUAGGUUUGAUUGGACCGAUCAUUGCAAAGGCGAAAAUCAUGCUGCAGAGUCUUUCGAAACUCCAUCUCGACUGGGACACACCCGUGGCUAACGGAUUUGCUCUCGAAUGGUAG